GAGGUACCAGUACUUGCCCGCCAUAUUUAUUCGAAAAGCACAGUCUUUGAUUUAAAUUUUUCUUCCCAAUCAAUCACCUAUUAAACUUCGACUUGGCCCAGCUCUUGCGCCAUGGACUUGUUAGGGCUGGCUAGCGGCAAGGCUAUGGGCGAGAGUGCGGCGUCGUCAUCGCUGAGCUCAACCUCGACUCCAGCUCCAGGUCCAGCAGCGGCAACUUCAUCUUCAGCAUCAGCUUCAACUGCAGAAACCGAUGCGCCCGUCAUCUACGGCAGAGUCGACGCCGAAAACGAAGACAACCUCGAGCUGCUCCGAAGCGUUGCGGAACAUGGCGCCUUGGGCCGUGCAAAACUACUGAGGCCAUCUCCGGUUCAGCUUCAGCCCAGCGCCCAACGGCGUGACGACGCUACUAUGCAAGACGCAACCGAUUCAGGCUGUUCCGAGCACGCUGAUGACGACGACCAGAUCCAGUCAGGCCACCACUUAUCAAACUCCAGCAAACCCCCUCCACUGCUGGCCACACCCCCGGAGAUCAUUGACACGAUCCUCUCUCAUCUUUCCGCAUACGACCUCGCUUCGGUUUCUGCGACAUGCCAUGCUCUGCGCCAACAUGCCCUCUCUGAUCUCCUCUGGCAGCCCCUCGUCCAGCAAAACGUGCCCACGGUCCAAGUCACCAGUGCCGGCGCAUGCAAGAGCUACCGCGAGCUGUAUGCAGCCCACGACCGGCUGUGGUUUUUGCCAAAAUACAAGAUCUGGUUCUGUGAUCGAGAUCUGACGGGAAAGCUUAUCCUGGUGCGCUAUGACCCUAGGCGCAGCUGCAUCGAGGGCUACCAGAUGGUGGCGGUGAGCAACCAAUCGACCUUUGAGAACUGGUCGGCAGAUCAAGACGUUAUUAUUCACGGCUUCGAGCCGGUUGUGAGGCUGCAUCUCGACAAGCCGGUCCUGCAGUUCCGCGUCCGAGAUAGGCAGGAGGAUGGAGGCUUCUCCAAAAGACCCGGCGCUAACCGCUUUGCCGACGAGAUGCCCAUGGCCUUGGACGAACGGCUAGGUGGCAUGUUUAGCAAUUUUCUGCUCACAAAGCCGUUGACUGCUGAGGAGGCGGAUCAGAGGGUGGAGUUGGGCUACCCCUACGGCAACAUGUGGCCGUCGCCAGUCAUCCCGGCAAACCACUAUGUAUCAGGCGCUCAGGCACGCCGGGGCAUCGCUGCCCUUGCUGCGCGAGACCGCCCUCGUUCCAGAUCGCAAGUUUCGGACCAGACUUUCUGCAUUCGGCAGUGGAUGGAGUUGACGGGCACUCCCAGCCCUCUCAGGUUCAUGGGCCAGGGUGGCCUCGCUGGAGCUCUUCAAGCCCUGGUGGAGGAGAUUGUGGAGGAAGAAGCGGCUGGUGCUGGCGCUGGAAGCCUUGGUGUGCAUAUUGGCGAGGAGCUCAUCACGUACUCGACUCUUGACCCAGCUCUGUACACGCCGACUCGAGAAAAGCCAUGGAGAGGAAUUUGGGUCGGUGACUACAGCGCACACGGCUGCGAAUUCUUGUUAAUCCACCAGCCUGACGAUCCCCCGGCCACAGAUACCGAAUUGGGUAUUUUCCGCGACGAGAAUGAUAGCGACGAAGUGUGGGAGCAGAAGAGGCUCGAUGCCAGGGUAUACAGAGGCCGUUUGGAAGGCAUCAAGUUGACAGGCGACCCAAAUAUUCCGAGGGGCGAAUACACCUUUGUGGCCAACGACUUGGGGCCCGAUGGCUACGUUGCAACGGCCACAGACGCUCAGUUCUCCGGGGCCAGAAUAGUAAAGAGCGAAGGGCACAUUGCAGCCACUGGAUUUCUCAGAGAUAAGUUCAUUGAGAGCCAGUUGAUCCUCAUCAGCCCAAACAGACUUGCGCAGCACUGGGUUGGAUUCGGCCACAUUAGCUUUUUGGAGAGAGUCAACAUUGACCAAUUACUUGUACCUUGAAAUGAGAGAGCCGAGAGCAAGCCGUAGAACGGUUGACGAACGAGAGCAUUAAUGGAGGGGGCUACAACAAUCUUUGGGACAGCGCAUCAACCGGUUUUACACAACGAUACCCGCUAUGAUGGAACAUGGCCAUUUCUAGGAGUUUGUCUAUUAUAUGGAAAGGCGGGGGAUAUUCUCAGAUUCGAAUUGGACGCCGAGAAAGGCUAAUGCGAAGGACUCUGGUUUGUCUGGGGUUGUCAUGUAUAUAGGGAAUUACCGAAACACUGAGAGAAGUUUUUAUGUAUGUAAAUUGUAACAUUCAGGUGAGAAAGACGAAAUGGUCAAGACGUGUGAAACUACCCAGUAGUUGAUUAUUACACUAUGCCUAAGUACGUCAUGUGUAUACAUAUUAUAUCCAACUCAUGUAGAAGAUAAGUAACCGUCAUAUUCCAUUUAUCCAAAAGCUCACGACUCAUAUGUUCAAGUCAGUGUCCAGUGUU